CGCAGGCUUGCUUUCCGGCAGCGUAGCCUGACGCGCCUCAAUUUCCGACAGCGUAGCGCAAGCUACCCACAGCCCCAGAGAUCCCUUUUUUGGAGGGAUGACUCGAGAUGAAGAUGAGGAUGAUGAGGAAGAAGAAGAAGGAGCCUCGUGGGGCCGUGGGAGCUCAAGGUUUGAGGGUCCGCAGCCCCCCGAGGAAUUUGCCUUCGGCUUCAGCUUCAGCCCAGGAGGAGGAAUGCGUUUCCACGAUAACUUCGGCUUUGAUGACCUUGUACGGGAUUUCAAUCACAUUUUCAGCGAGAUGGGGGCCUGGACCUUGCCUGCCCGUCCUUUUGAGCUCCCAGGUCCUGAGUUAGAGUCACCUGGUGAGAGACGGCCCGAGGGCCAGACGCUUCGGGACUCAAUGCUUAAAUAUCCAGAUAGUCACCAGCCCAGGAUCUUUGGGGGUGUCUUGGAGAGUGAUGCAAGAACUGACUCCCCAAAACCAGCACCAGACUGGGGCUCCCAGACACCUUUUCAUAGGUUUGAUGAUAUGUGGCCCGCGACCCCCUAUUCUAGAGCCAGAGAGGACAAGGAUCUCGAUUCCAAGGUUUCCCAGGAGGGCCUCGGCCCAGUUCUGCAGCCCCAGCCCAAAUCCUAUUUCAAGAGCGUCUCUGUGACCAAGAUCACGAGGCCAGAUGGGACAGUAGAGGAGCGCCGGACUGUGGUGGACAGCGAGGGCCGGACAGAGACCACAGUAACCCAUCAGGAAGCAGACGGCAGCCCUAGAGAUGAUCCAGAGUCACCAACACCUCCAGCCCUGGAUGAUGCCUUUUCCAUCCUGGAUUUAUUCCUAGGCCGUUGGUUCCGGUCCCGGUAACCGUGUUAACUCUCAGAGGCCUUCAGGUUCUUUCCACCUCCCACUGUUUGCUCACCGUCAAUGGACUUAGCUUCUCCUCCUGCCACCUCAGGGCCUUGGGUGUGUGGAAUAGUGACCUGUGGGUAUGUCAGUAUGUCACUCACCCAGACUGAGCAACAAAACCUUUAUUUAUGCUAAUUUCUCAGUCUUGGUUUUGUCCAGGCUGUUCCACUGCCUAGCACCAUCCAAGGUUUCUCAAAUGAUCUUGGCCCACAACCUUCUCCUUGUUCCUUAAUUUUUUUGUUCCAUUUCCAAAACCUGAUUUGAUAAGUAAAGGUCAGGUGCCAGUAGAAAAUAGUUUUCCUUAUGGAGGAGAUAGGAUAACUAGAGAUAAUUCCAGGAGAAUUUCUAGCCAGCAAUGUAUCAUCAUAUUCCCAAAAAAAGGAAGUGUGUGUGUGGAAGUGUAGAGGGUAACUGCUUCCCUUGGUGUGGGGUUGGAUAGUUCAUGAGAUAAUUUAAGGAAGUACAUGAGCAAACAUUUCUUCCUUUAUUGACUAUGCUUUUAUUACUUUAUGUAUGUUAGAGAAACUGACUAAGCUCAAGCAUUACCGGAUCGUUUUCUCAUUAAAAAAAAAUUAACACUGUG